AUGAUUCGGUCAAUUGUGGUGCUGUUGUGCAGCACAGUCAUUACUAUUGGCUCCGGUACCCUCCUUUGUACGGAAGAAACCUUCGCCAGCGUCGGUGGAGCCCUUCCCAGUGCGACAUCUUGUGCCCGGUACACCAAGUGCGUUGAUGGAGUCGUCCGUGAGCUGGUUUGUCCGGAUGGGCAGUACUUUGAAGUGUCCUCGCAAAGCUGUACCACCGCGGCCGGAGUCGAAUGUUCUGCACGGCGAACCGCAUUUCAGUUCGAAGAGCUAUGCACCAAUCCGAAUGAUGUGAGCAUUGUACCUCAUCCGACCAACUGCACGCAGUACAUUAUCUGCUACGGGUUGGUCCCGUUGGAGCAGAGUUGUGACUAUGGGCUACUGUUCAACUCUCGCCUCGGAGUGUGUGACAUUCCCACGAACGUGGAAUGCGUAUUCAGUUGCCCGGCCGUCGAUGAUCCACUGCAACCGGUAUGGCUGCCCGAUCCGCGGUUAGAAAACUGUGCCCGGCAUUAUCUCUGCUUCCAGGGCGAACCACGGUUGUUCAUGUGCGAAAGUAAUCUCUAUUUUGAUAUGGUUACGAAGACCUGUACCUAUCCCCAGUACUCCGGGUGUCGCGUGCCAGGAGUUGAAUGCGCUUCCAACUUCACGGAGCUUCUCGAAAAUCACAGGGAUUGCACGUCUUUCUACGAGUGUGCAGCUGGAUUCCCACAUUUGAGGCGUUGCGCGGAGGAUGAGUACUUUGAACCGAACAGCCGACAAUGUGUCGUGGGGACGUGUUCACCGGGAAUAGAAACAACAACGGCCAUCAUACCCAGUACCACCACAGCUGCGCCAAUCACUACGACUGAGGCCACAACGGACACAACUCAGCUCACGACAAGUACUGCUGAGCUAACAACAAUUGUAACUGAGUCCACAUCGGCUACAGCUGAGCCUACGACAACAACUGCUGAGCUAACAACAAUUACCAUCGAGCUAACAACAAUUACCGCUGAGCCUACGACAACAACUGUUGAGCCAACAACAAUUACCGCUGAGCCCACGACAACAACUGCUGAGCCAACAACAAUUACAAUUGAGCUGACAACGACUACUGCUGAGCCAACAACGACCGAGCCUACGACAACCAUCGAUCCGAACGAGGUUUGCGCAGGAAUAACCGUCGGCGUGCUCGAGUACCCAGGCGUCUGCUACAUGUACAUACUCUGUCUGUCCGGAUCUGGGGUCGUCUCCGAGUGUGCACCCACGGAAAUCUUUAACACCAGUACUCUGAUGUGCGCGCCAGGUAACCGCGACACCUGCAUCCUUAGCCUGCGGUUUGGAAAGUUGUAG